AUGAAACUUGAUGAUAUGCUCGAUUUCAUUAAAUCUGGAAAGCCCUUUGGACAGGUUGAGGCAACUCCUCGGCCCAAGUCACCAUCUUCUUCUCUCUUUCUGCUUUGCUGUCUUCUCUCUCUCAUCAAUCCAAUCCCACCACCCUUUUCCUCAGGCGUCUUGGUAAACGCCAUCUUCCUCCAAAUUCCGAACAGAACCGCCGCCCUGCUCGUGAAAGCCGCGAUGAGGAUUCAGAAGCAGUCGGCGAAUUCUAAACCAAAAACCCAGAACAAAAAUCACGGGUUCGGGCUAUUCGGGUCGUUUUUGAAGAGGUUAACGAAUCGGAAUCGGACCCGAAAGCGGGAAGUCCACGGCGAGGGUGGGGUUCAGGUCUCGGUGAAUGACAUUCUGCGGUGGGAUUCGACAGUCGGGAGGAGAAAGAUUUCUUCCGAUCAGGUGGAGGAAAAGGUUGAGUCUUGUUUGGAAGUUGAGGACAAAAGUGCUUCUCUGAUAAGCAUUAGGAGGCCCAGCAGUGCGGUGUGGUCCGAAACCAAUGAAGCCACUUCAAGCAGCUGCAGCCAGUCUGAGGAGGACACAGCCGAUACAGAUUAUGCUUGUAAUUGUGAAAAGCUUAUUGCUUUUUGCGAAAACCCUUUCCGUUUCGUCCUCCAACCAACCCCCCCUCCGUCCGGCAGCCGGACGCCGGAGUUCACGUCGCCGGUGACGUCCCCUAGUCUCCACAAACAAGAGGAGGGGUUGAAGAAGUCCCAAGCAGAAGUGGAGGAGGAGGAAGAGAAGGAACAAUGCAGUCCUGUUUCUGUAUUGGACCCUCCGUUCCAAGACGACGACGAGGCACGUGACCGUGACGGUGAGGACGAUGACGACGAAGACGGUUGUGAUUUGGAGUGCAGCUAUGCCAAUGUACCAGAGGAGGAACUUUAUGCAAUUGGUUUUCUCCAGGGAGGACACUGGGAGGGUUCUAAAAUACAACCCAACCACAAAGGAAACAACUGUUCUUCAGAGGAAUAUCCGAUUUCCAAAUGGUCUGUCCCCAAGCAAGGAUGGUUCCUUCUUUCUCUUUUGUGAAGGAGCCGUGGGCAGAUUACGCAAGUACUGGUUGAAAAGUGAAAAAGCAGGAACUUCAGAAGUAUUUGCACUGCCGCCG